AUGGAUGGUGUAUUACAACAACAGCCUAAAACUGCUCGAGCAAGGAAAAACGACUAUCAGGUGGGCUGGAUUUGCGCGCUUCCCCUCGAAGCUGCGGCUGCCACAGCGCUCUUGGAUGAAGAGCAUCCCCCCCUUGACCAGGAUCCUAGAGACACAAAUGCAUAUACACUUGGUCGGAUUGGCCGGCAUAAUGUGGUCAUCGGCUGCCUUCCACUGGGAACAGUUGGAGAAAGUCCAGCGACGGCAGUCGCCAAAGAUAUGCUGCGGAGCUUCCCCAACAUGAAAACUGGCUUGAUGGUGGGAAUCGGGGGGGGCGCACCGGGCCCACCAAACGACGACCCGGAGGAAGAUAUUAGACUAGGUGAUAUUGCCGUGAGCAAGCCGGGUCCUGGCCACGGUGGUGUCGUCCAGUAUGACUACGGGAAAACAUUAUCUGAAGGAAACUUUAUGAAUGUUGGUUAUUUAAAUCGCCCACCAAAUGUGCUUCUGUCUGCGCUCACAAAGCUUGUUUCACGUCAUGAGCUUGAAGGAUCUACCGUUCCACGGCAUUUGGAUGAAAUGAGAACCAGGUACCCAAGAAGGACUCAGGACUGGCAAUAUCAAGGAGCUGAGAAUGAUCAUUUGUACGUCGAGAACUUCCCGCACGUUGAUAUCAGCCGCUCCUGCAAAGACCUUCACUGCCCUGAUGACAACGGGCGACUGGUGGCCCGUAAGCCUAGGGCCACGGAAGACCCUGUCAUACACUGUGGUUUGAUUGCGUCCGGCAAUCAAGUGAUGAGGGAUAGCGUAACCCGCGAGAAGCUGCGAAAGAAACAUGGUGUGCUUUGUUUCGAGAUGGAGGCCGCUGGCCUAAACAACAAUUUCCCGUGCCUUGUGAUUCGUGGUAUCUGUGACUACUCCGACUCUCACAAGUCUAAGCGAUGGCAGCCGUAUGCUGCGGCAGUCAGUGCUGCAUUCGCUAAAGAGCUUCUUCAGAUAAUCCCAGUUUCCCAGCUAGACAGAGCGGAAAGGGUGGAGUUCAUCACCGGGAAAAGUCAGUCUUCAUGA